AUGUCUGCCUCACUAAUUAACCGUUCCUUAACAAAUAUUAGAACAGAAUUAGAUUUCCUAAAAGAAUCUAAUGUCAUUUCAGAAGAAACUUUCAACCAAAUUAACAACCAAUUACCACAAAGAUAUGAUCCAAACGGUUCAAGAGAGUCAGUCUCGAGCCAAGCACCAACUCUAGAAUAUGUAGAGGCCAUUUAUCCAUUUGAACCACAACAGGAAGGUGACUUAGCUUUGAAGGCAGGUGAUAAAAUUCAAGUCAUAGAAAAACCAUCCCCUGAAUGGUUUAAAGGUAAAUGUAACGGUCAAGUAGGUAUUUUCCCAUCUAAUUAUGUUAGACCUGCAUUUUCAGGUACCUCUCAACCUUCAAAGACACGUUUAACUCCUGGUCCUCCUCAAUAUCAAGCUUCCGUCGAAACACAAUCUAUUCAUUCAUCCAGUAAUGUCUCUUAUCAACCACCUUUCCCACCUGCAUCUACAAAUUACUAUCAACAACCUGCACAACAACCACAGGCUCAAUAUAUACCACCUCCACAACCGGUGCAACAAGUCCAGCAACAAGUCCAGCAACAACCACAACAGCAGCAACCACAACAGCAACAUCAUCAUCAUACCGGUGAACAUUUAAAAAAAUUCGGUAGUAAAUUAGGUAAUGCUGCGAUCUUUGGUGCUGGUGCCACUAUAGGGUCUGAUAUCGUCAAUAGUAUCUUUUAA